UGUAUUUCAUUCGAUAGAUAUAUCGUACGAGGUAACUCACUCCACGAGUUCUCAGUUUGUUCGUUAACGACGAAGACGCGAUAAAAUUAAAUCGUGUAUUUCGUACAACUUGGCCGAGAGUUUCAUGAGAUACCGAUUCGUGACACUGUACAGACGUCGACGUUUGUCAAAUUAUUACGGAUUACAUCUAUUAUAUUCGUAUAAUAUUUAUUUGAUAAAUAAGUAAAUUAUAUUAUAUCUCUAAAGGUGAAAAAGAAAAGAAUUAAAAAAAGGUAUUCAAAAAGAGAAAGAGAAGGAGAAAGUGUAUCGCAGAACGAUUCUCAUAUCGGUUUCAACUGCAACAGAUAUUUAUUAAUAAAAAUGAAUAAAGAUGCACAUCCAGCUGGUUUUAUUCCACCCCCUGCUUAUCAUGUAAGUGGUGCAUCACCAGUACCACCAAUGAUGCAACCACCACGUCAGAAUGUAGUAAUUGUAGGAGGUGGCUCCUUUGGAUCAGAUACACAAGUAAUGACAUGUCCAUAUUGUCAAAGUAGCAUAUCCACUCGUGUGGAGAGUGAAGCAAGUACAAAAACGCAUUUAUUCGCUCUGAUACUUUGUCUUACGGGAUUCUGGUGUUGCGCACCCAUGCCUUAUUGUAUGGAUACUUGUUUAGUAAAGAAGCAUUAUUGUCCAUCAUGUAAGGCUUUCCUAGGACAAUCUAACAAUUGAUUCACACUUACCAGUACAAAAAUACACGUUGUUCUUCCUUCA